AUGUCGGCAACUUUCGAUUUUGGAACAUCUCUAGCAAUUCCUCUGUCACUGAGUGUGAAUCGACCAGAACUGAGUCAAGUUGUGUCGCUAAAAAAUGGACUGGCGCUAGUUAUAGGACAGAUGAUAGGAAGUGGUGUUUUCGCAUCGCCAGGACCUGUAUUCAAGCACUCUGGAUCUGUUGGAAUGUCGCUCAUAGUAUGGAUUCUCUCGGGAUUUCUAGCAAUGACAGGCUCUCUCUGUUACGCUGAGCUUGGAACUGCUCUCCCAACUUCGGGAGGUGAAUUCCCGUAUCUCCUAAGAGCUUUUGGCUCACUACCCUCUUUUCUGUUUGCCUGGACGGGCACACUUGUAACAAGGCCAGGCAGUGUCGCCAUCAUAUCGACCGUAUUUGGAGAUUACGUUGGAAGGCUGAUAUAUUUUGGAUCACCACACGGCAGUGCCCCAGAUUGGGUUGCAAAACUAGCUGCUAUGAUAUGCGUCACUUUGCUGACUGGUAUAAACUGUCUCAGUGUCAAAAUAGGAUUAAGAGUGAUGGAUUAUAGUACAGUCACCAAGCUACUCGGUAUCCUUUUGAUUGGAGUAGUUGGGCUCGCUAGUAUUGGCAAGUUUAAGGACGCCGCUGACGCUAAUGCUGCUGAUAUCUUUGUUGGAACCACCUCCGAUUUUGGACAGCUGUCUCUUGCCAUGUACAGUGCGCUUUGGGCAUAUGAUGGAUGGAACAAUCUGAAUCUUGUCACAGGCGAACUGGUGAAUCCGACAAGAAAUUUGCCGAGGUGUUUGAUAUUUGGGCCGAUUAUAGUGUUAAUUAGCUAUCUGUUGGCCAAUAUCGGAUAUUACAGUGUCUUGCCUAGUACUGUAGUGCAGAACUCGACAACCAUCGCUAUGGAUUUUGGGCAUAGUGUAUUUGGUACAGCUGGUGGAAUCGUUAUACCGCUCAUUGUCUUGGCAUCAACAAUGGGUGCCUCAAAUGCAUCGAUCAUCGGAGGGGCUAGAGUAUCAUUUGUAGCAGCUCGAUCGGGUCAUCUACCACAUGGCCUAGCAAUGAUACAUCAAACUCGAAGGACUCCCGUCACUGCACUGCUGGCGCAAAUGGCUCUUUCUCUCCUGUUUAUCUUAGUCGGAAACUACUCCAGUCUUGUUAAUUUUUAUUCCAUGAUUGCCUGGACUUUUUAUCUAUUUGCUGUGCUUGCGUUGCUGGAGCUGCGAAGGAGAGAACCUGAGCUGGAUAGACCUUUUAGAGUUUGGCUUUCAGCUCCAAUAAUAUUCUGUGGUGUCGUUGUGUUCCUAAUAGGAUGCUCGAUACUCGAAGCCCCCACAGAGGCUGCCGCAGCCUUUUUCUUCCUUUUAUCUGGCGUGCCAUUUUGGUACAUCGUCGUAAAGCGAGAUGUCUCCUGGGAUGAGCUGGCCUCAUACCUAUUGUGCCCUCCAUCACCCCUCAUAUAUAUAAUAUCAUCUCUCGUUGACAAAAUUCGAGGUCGAAGGAGACAACCUCAACCUCAAUCGUCAACUGUAUCGUCUGCCUGGUUUGCUGCGUCGAACCUCGUAUUUAGAAAUAGCUCAGAGUAUCAUAAGGCUCCAGAUGACAAUGGAGAUGAUGAGCUUGACUUCGGAGGGCUCCUAGAUGAUGAGGAUGACGAUGGCGUAGAUAUAUUUGCUGAUGAAUAUGACCUGGAUCACGAAAUGGCUGAAUUGAAUAGCUCAUCAAAGUAA